ACGUAACUCAAUGAUCUGUACGAGAAAUCACUCCUACAAAUCUUAAAUCGAACUUAACAUUCUAGUUUCGACAGGAAAAAAAAUUUGGUGGAAAGAACAACACUCGGUUCAGCGCUGUUUUAUCAGAAAUGGAUUAUGGCAAUGUCGACAGGAGAGAAGUGCAAAUAAGCUAAGGUGACCUAUGCUUACCUGUCCAUCAUGCGAGCCCAUCCUUCCCCGGAUCAACGUUGGAACCAUUUUAGGUAUUACAUCGUCGACACCAUACAGCCAUGUGCUUUUCAUGAGAAAGUCACGAGCCGUCCCUGUGCCAGGGUAUAAAGGUUGGAAUGCCUCUGACUAGAGUCAGUGAUCCUUGUCGAGGCAAGAUGAAAAUCAAGCUGUAUAUACUCUUCGUACUUCUGGCUGCUCUCCCUGUGUUCUGUGUCGGAGCACCGGCGGCUGCACCAAAAGUUGAAAUAGCGCUGUACUACGAGUCGCUGUGUGGAGGAUGCAGGCAAUUCAUAGAGACGCAGUUCUAUCCAACAUUUCUGAAGGUUGGCCAGAUCAUGGAUGUGACCCUCGUGCCGUAUGGAAAUGCACAAGAGAGUCGCACCGGAGAUGAAUGGCGUUUUACAUGUCAGCACGGAGAGGCAGAAUGCGUUGGUAACAUCAUCGAAACAUGUGCUAUUUCUAUCCUUCAGAAUGCAACAUCUUUCUUUCCUUUCAUCCACUGUCUGGAGUCGACCAUCGCCGAAUACAAUCCAGUAUCUGCAGCAGAGCAGUGUGCAGGGCAACUAGGCAUUGAUUUCUCCUCUAUUGACAAGUGCCAAUCGGGUGCCCAGGGAAAUGCCCUGGAGCAUGAAAUGGCUCUGAAGACCAACGCGCUCAAUCCUCCCCAUUACUUUGUUCCAUGGAUCACGCUGAACGGCAAACACACCGACGAAAUACAGAACAGGGCCACGUUUGAUCUACUAGGACUUGUGUGUGACACCUACAAAGGCACUAAACCUGAUGCCUGUCAAAAGAAAGAGUCUGCGAUUUCUCGCUGUUAUCGGCACGCGUAAUGCAAAAGGCAUUUAAGAAAGAACGCUUUCAUAGGAAUACUUAUGAACUCAAUUGUAAUUUCAUGGUUAACCUGUCUAAUUGCCUUUUUCGUGGAAUUUUAUGAAUUGUGCGAUCCUUUUUAAUAACUAUGAACUGCGUCACGCAACGAUUGACUACUACAGGUUCGUGUUACCAAGCGAUUGCGUCGUGUUUUAUCCCAAGCGCUUGAAAUAGAAUUACGAAACUUGAUGCAACAUGCAAAAAUUCCUCUCCACAGGCAAAAAUAUCGUUUUGUAAUCUCGAAUCCUUUCCAAUGUUAACCUGAAUGGCUCAAUUUUGCAUUUGGAAUAAAAGCCAAUGUAAAGAAAGAU